AUGGGGUUGAGUGUGCUGUGUGUGCUUAGCCCACAGCCAUCCACACUGCAGGACACCGUGGAACAUGUGAUGGGGAUGAUCACCCCCAACACCCACCCCUGCCCACACCACAUCCCACCCCACUCGCCCUUGGAUCCCGUUCCGGACUCCAGCCACGAGCCCCGACAGGCCGCGGUGCAAACAGAGCCUCGAGUUAAUCCUGCCAGAGAGUUUAAGCCAUGGAAGACAAACGCUGUACCCCCUCCUGAUAGCUACACCUCCGAGCCAGAGAAGAAGAAGGGACCUCCCCCGGGCAUGGACAUGGCCAUAAAGUGGUCUAAUGUGUAUGAGGACAAUGGGGAAGAUGCACCACAGCCUUACACUGGCAACGCCCGGUUCUUACCCACAGAGGAGCAACCCUCCGACUCAGAUGACGAAUCCGAUAAGGGAGACCUGUCUUCCAAGAAACGUCGAGUGGAGACCUUCCAGCAGAAGGAGAAGAGGAAGAGGGAAAUGGGACAAGCUACCUCCGACAAGAAUUUCGUAGAGGAGGAGAAAAGGAUCCUGAGGCAAAAUAUUGAGUGAGGCCCGUACUGCCUGCGACAAGGAGUCUGUUUCUAAUUUAAACAUUUUAUGUCAGCCGAGAACAUUCACGAAUAUUAGCACAAUGGUCCAGUUUGUAGGUAGUAUGCUGCGAGCGCAAACAGGCAUUUUUGCCUGUAUGUUGACAUAAUUUGCAAUAUUUAUACUUGUUUUUGUUUCCAAAGGACUGUCGGCACACUUUAAACAGAAAUCGUAUAGUAUAUGAUGGUCCUGCUGCAAUAUUUUCAACUUAAGAGCUCAAUUUCCAGUACAUCCCUGUGGACUAUUUUCCAAAGUUAAAGGAAAAUUCAGGUGUUUUACAGUCUACGUCAUAUAUAUAUAUAUUUUUGAAAUAGUUUUGGCUGUCAUCCUCACCAGCUCUCUUCCAAGGACACAGGGAUGAGGGCUAUUACUAGACAAAGCUUUACAACAUGUACUGGGCAUUACUAAACAAGUAAUUAGACAGGUUUGGUCCCAGUUCGGCGUCACCUUCGCUUUACUUCCGAACACGCGGUUUUUACAACAAGGUGAAAUGAGACUUGUUUAAACCUGCCUGAUUGCUCUCGUUUGAGUCCCUGUGUCUCUAGGUCUUUGCAAAGAAGCUGGUUAAUGAAAUGUCAUCACAACUAAUAGGGAUGAAGGCCAAAACUACAAGAAACGAUUUAACUUUAAAAGAGAGUUUUGCUUGUUGUGACACAUUGAACAUAAAGUGUGGUUAGUUUGGCUUUGCCUCCUCUUUUGUUUUGAUUUAAAUGAGCUAAAAUAACAGUGACGUCUGGCUGUGGUGCUUUACCCGAUCUGUGUUUGUCUUGUAUUAUAUACGAAAUAUAUAAUCACUGAAAUGACUGUGUUUGUGUUGUGUUACUACAGUGACUUUCCUUCAAAAAUGUGAUUUAAAAAUGGCUGUAAAUCUGUUGCAAUUAUAACAUUUUGCUUGUUCUUCCUGCUUAUGGGCACUAGAUGUCGCCCUUAAGCUACACUAGAAUAUACUCCCUUCAUGUUUGUAGUCAAGUCCACUGGACUUUGUGUAAACUUUGGGCACCCCAAAUUACAACCAGGGUCUUUGUAUAAACUGUUGGUCAGAAAGGGAGUUUGUCUCAUCUCAGUUCUCUUGAGAUACUUGAUGCAUACGGACUGUUUGUUCAGUCUCAUGUACCUUGUAUUACAAAACACUUUUACAUCUGUGUGAAAUAAAACUUCUUGCAUGUUUAGUAUAUCAGACGGUGUUUUGAACAUUGUACCGUUUUAUCAAACCAGCAGAUCUGCUCAUUCAGUGUAAACAGGUAAUUUUAUGGUUUGUUUUAAGUGUUAUACUAUUCAUUAUAAACUACUUAGGCAAUAAAAGGUAUUUUACUGGAGAAAAGUGUUGAAUUUUAUUA